AUGCUCACCACUCUAGCAAGAACACCCAAGGAUACAGAAAACUCACCACCCGACACUCAUAAGAGAUACAGACCAGACCUCGUCAAAGGACUUCAAGGACACACCGAUGCUGGUGGCAUCAUCCUACUUUUCCAAGAUGACAAGGUCAGUGGCCUCCAGCUUCUUAAAGAUGGCAAAUGGGUCGAUGUGCCACCUAUGGGCCACUCCAUUGUCAUCGACAUUGGCGACCAACUCGAGGCAUGCCUACCAAUCAAAGAAACUAAAACCCCGUGUUUUUAUAUUCCAUGUUUGCUUAUUACUGGUCUCGUGAUUGCACAAACAGACGGAAAUAGAAUGUCCCUUGCAUCAUUCUACAAUCCUGAAGUGAUGCAUUGA